AUGUCCCCGCUCGUGUCCUCGCUGCACCUGUACGACAUCGCCAACGUGGAGGGCGUGACCGCCGACCUGAGCCACUGCAACACCCCGGCGCAAGUCGCCAGCUUCACCGGUAAAGACGAGCUAGCGGCCUGCCUGUCGCCCCGGAAGCCCGGCAUGACGCGGGACGACCUGUUCAGCGUCAACGCGGGCAUCGUGCGCCACCUCGUGGCGGCGGUGGCGGACCACGCGCCGGGCGCGCUGGUCCACGUUAUCAGCAACCCGGUGAACUCGAUGGUGCCGAUCGCCGCCGAGGUGCUGAAGCAGAAGGGCGCGUACGACCCGCGAAGGCUGUUCGGCGUCACGCCCCUGGACGUGGUCCGCGCCAACGCGUUCGUGGCGGCGAGGAGGGGCCUCCCGGUCGCGGACGUGGACGUGCCGGUCGUGGGCGGCCACGCGGCGGCCACCAUCCUGCCACUGCUGUCCAAGGCUCGGCCCAAGGCGGCCGCAGCGGCGUUCACGGACGAGGAGGUGGAGGAGCUCACCGCCAGGAUCCGGGACUCCGGCACCGAGGUGGUGGAGGCCAAGGCCGGCGCAGGGUCCGCCACGCUGUCCAUGGCGUACGCCGCCGCACGGUUCCUCGAGGCGUCGCUGCGCGGCCUCGACGGCCACGACGACGUGUACGAGUGCGCGUACGCGCAGUCGCAGGUGGUGCCGGAGCUCCCGUUCUUCGCGUGCAGGGUGAAGCUCGGGAGGGACGGCGUGGAGGAGGUGCUGGGCUCCGAGCUCAGGGGGCUCACCGACUACGAGGCGCGCGAGCUGGAGGCUCUCAAGCCCAAGCUCAAGGCCAGCAUCGACAAGGGCAUCGCGUACGUGCAGCAGAACCAGGAGGCAGCAUUGAACUGA